UCAAAGAAGAGCUCAGCGAAGAUAUUUCCGAGGAUACUUGUAUUGAAAUUAAAGAAGAACCGUUUGAUUAUGCAGAUAAAGAGAGGGAUGAGGUGAACGACGAGAAAGUGAAACAUAAAUGUCUCUUCUUUCAUAAUCUCGAUGAAUUAAAACAUAAAUCAAAUGCGAAGAACACGUGUAAGUUGGAUGAUGAUCGUAAUGGCGUGUUGUUAAGAGCGCCAUUUGUGGCUGAGAAUUCUCUGAAUAAGAUUUCAUCAGAUUGUGAUCAGGCGAUACACAUUGAAAGUCUUAAGCAGGAUACACAGCCAAAAGUGGAAGCUACAUUGAAAAGUUUUGCAUGUGAAGUAUAUGGCAAGAAAUUCUCACAAAAGAGAAAGAUCAACAUUAACAAAGGAGAAGCCGUUCAGCUGUGAGAUUUGCAGCAAGGCCUUCCCUCGGAAAGACCAUUUAACAAGGCACCUGAGAGUACAUACAAAGGACAAGCCAUACAGCUGUAAGAUUUGCAGCAAGGCCUUCUCUCUGAAGGGUACACUAGUAGAGCACAUGAGAGUACAUACAAAGGAGAAGCCAUUCAGCUGUGAGAUUUGCAGCAAGGCCUUCUCUGAGAAAGGUCAUCUAGUACAGCACAUGAGAUUACAUACAAAGGAGAAGCCAUUCAGCUGUGAGAUUUGCAGCAAGGCCUUCUCUCGGAGAGGUAAUCUAGUACAGCACAUGAGAUUACAUACAAAGGAGAAGCCAUUCAGCUGUGAGAUUUGCAGCAAGGCCUUCUCUCUGAAGGGUACUCUAGUAGAGCACAUGAGAGUACAUACAAAGGAGAAGCCAUUCAGCUGUGAGAUUUGCAGCAAGGCCUUCUCUCAGAAAGGUACUCUAGUAGAGCACAUGAGAGUACAUACAAAGGAGAAGCCAUUCAGCUGUGAGAUUUGCAGCAAGGCCUUCUCUCUGAAGGGUACUCUAGUAGAGCACAUGAGAGUACAUACAAAGGAGAAGCCAUUCAGCUGUGAGAUUUGCAACAAGGCCUUCUCUCAGAAAGGUCAUCUAGUAAAGCACAUGAGAAUACAUACAAAGGAGAAGCCAUUCAGCUGUGGGAUUUGCAGCAAAGCCUUCUCUGAGAAAGGUCAUCUAGUAAGGCACAUGAGUAUACAUACAAAAGAGAAGCCAUAUAGCUGUGAGAUUUGCAACAAGGCCUUCUCUGAGAAAGGUCAUCUAGUAAAGCACAUGAGAGUACAUACAAAGGAGAAGCCAUUCAGCUGUGAGAUUUGCAACAAGACCUUCUCUGAGAAAGGUACUCUAGUAAGGCACAUGAGAGUACAUAUAAAGGAGAAGCCAUUCAGCUGUGAGAUUUGUAGCAAGGCCUUCCCUCAGAAAGGUAUUCCAGUAGAGCACAUGAGAGUACAUACAAAGGAGAAGUCUUUAAGUUAUGAAAUUUGCAACAAGGCUUUUCACGAAUAAAUUAUCUAGUUAGACAUACAAGAGUACGUGAUAUUGCAAUACAGGGAGUAACCUUACUGCUGUAACAUUUACAAUAAAGCCUCACUUGAAAAUAGCCUAGUGAACUAUAUGAUAUUGCAUAGAAAGGAGGAGCCAUACUGUUGUGUGAUAUGCUACAGUUGUAAAAUCUAUAACUAGUCUAUCGAGCCAUUAGAGAGGAUAAGCACUAAGGAUAAGCCGUAUGAUCUAGUGCAACACAUAUUAACCAAAAGACAUUUCUUGGGGAACACGUGACGGUAUAGUUUAUCGAAAAGGAUCAAACUUCUUGAUACUAUUGGGAAAGAAUUACCCCAUAUUUUAUAGAAUCUUCUUCUGAAUUACGCUAUGAAUAACAUUUUUGACAGAGUUCUUUCGAGAAUAAUAAACUUUUAUGCGUUAUGCCCUGUAUUUAAUUCUCUAUGAUUGUUUUGUUCUGGUAAACUCACGUAUGUUAUUGCUGAACAGACCACUACUGGUCAUGGCAUUCGAGAAAGCGGCUCCUCCGCCUCCUCAAUAUGGCAAUUAGUAUGGGAAAAAAAGGCUUCUAUUUCUUAUAAUGAGAAGGAAAUUCAUGCAUUCCAUAUAAAAUAAUGCAUGAAAUGUUUUCUUUUAUUGAUUAAACGGAAAAA